GAGAGAAGUUGCGGGAGCUGCUCAAGCAACACGGGGACUUUGCCUCGAUGGAAGUCCUGGUCAAAAAGUACCACCGCACCCUCUUUGGAAAGACCAAGUCAGGAGGUUGGUACAGCAAGCACUACCUGCUCACGGUAGCCCAAUGGACAAAGCAGCAUGGCUAUUCAAGGAAAAUGACGGACUCGGCCUUUGCAUGGGCACAGACGCACAGCAAGAUCCGCACGAACCCUGUCCAUGGAGAGCAGGAAGCACUCUUCGUUUUGAAUGAGAGUUUCCAGCUUGUCGAUGAGACCGGAUCUACUAUCCAGAUGCAAGGUCAGCUGGAGAUGGAGGACCCUUCUGGAAUGUAA